ACUGCCAGGCUGUUGAACAGGAAUAGAGUUGACAAGCGGCCAGGGGUUUGUUUGGCCAGCUUCAAGAUACUAUUUCUUAAGAUUGAAAUAAUUCUUAAAUUCUCUAAAAAUAUGGAUUAAAUCCUAAACUUUUCUACAUAAAUUUAUUCAACUUUUACUUAACUACGUCAUUAAUAAAAACGAUGCCUCGUAAAAAAGAAAAGAAAGAAUAAAAAAUAUACCAGGGGAGAAAAAGGAAAAGAAAAAAACUUCGUGGGGUGAAGGCUUGGCUUUGACGAAAGGAAAAAGAAGCAGCAGCUCAGCUUAGCUUAGCUCAGCUCAGCUCAGUCCCCUCUGUCGCUGCUCCCAGCUUCUCUCUUCCAUUUCUCUCCGUUGUCCUUGUUCUUUUGUAGUUUGAGAUCUGAAAAUUGGGUAGGACGAGGGGAUUUGAUGACGAUGGUUUGAUUUUCUUAACUGUGAUUCCGAGCCUACAUCAACUUUCCAGUGUGUGUUGGAUCUGGGGAUUGGAGAAAAAUGUUUUCGCUGCGCUGAACGGAAUUCUUCACAUCUCUCUCUUUUGGUUGGUGUGAUUGAAUAUUUAUGCAUAGGAAAAAAAUUUGAUGUUGACACAUGGUUGAAUAUUAUAGAAUUUGUAAUGCGAGCGCCUGUUCGGUCUCUCGGAUUCUGGUGCAAUUACAGUUGUUUCAGACGAGGAAAUCUACAUAAAAAUGAUGAUAACGUUGAGAUGCCUGUGUCUUUAAAAGCCUGUCGACUUUAAUAAUUCACUUGAUGUUGCUUGACCGAUUUCGUUCUGCUACUGCAAAUGUAUUCUUGGAGUUCAUGAGGAGUUCUAUUUAUGAAAUGGUGGGAAUUUGAAUUUGUGCUUCUCUCUGACUCCGCCUUAGUUGCAUUCUUGUAAGUCGGAGUGCCUCUGAGGAGGGCCGUCCUCUUGAAAGAAGAUGAUUGAACAGUUCAUCAAUUUUGUGAUUCGCCCCCCAAGGGCAGAGUAUAAUCCAGAUCAGUAUUUAUGGGAAAAGGAUUUCACUCUUGCAGGCAGAACAUACAAACGACAGGAUUUGGAGCUUACCAAUGGUAGGGGUCAUACGUUGCAUUGUAGUCAUUAUGUGCCUUCACCUUUCCCAGAAGACACUCCUCUUCCCUGUGUUAUAUACUGCCAUGGAAACAGUGGAUGUAGGGCAGAUGCGAAUGAGGCUGCUGUAAUUCUUCUCCCAUCAAAUAUUACUGUUUUCACACUUGAUUUUUCGGGCUCAGGCUUAUCUGAUGGUGAUUAUGUCAGCCUUGGUUGGCAUGAGAGGGAUGACCUCAAAGUUGUGGUGUCUCAUCUAAGAAGCAACAAGCAAAUAUCACGUAUAGGUCUUUGGGGACGAUCCAUGGGUGCAGUUACUAGUCUUCUUUAUGGAGCAGAAGACCCCUCUAUAGCGGGAAUGGUGUUGGAUAGUGCCUUUUCAAACUUAUUUGAUCUAAUGAUGGAACUUGUGGAUGUAUACAAAAUCCGACUUCCUAAAUUUACAGUUAAGAUGGCAGUACAGUACAUGCGACGAGUAAUUCAAAAGAAGGCAAAGUUUGAUAUUAUGGACCUUAAUUGCUUGCAGGUUGCACCUAAAACAUUUAUUCCUGCUCUAUUUGGCCAUGCUAUUGAGGACAAAUUCAUUCAACCCCACCACUCUGACAUCAUUUUCAAGUCCUAUUCGGGAGAUAAGAAUAUUAUAAAGUUUGAUGGUGAUCACAACUCUUCUCGACCACAGUUUUAUUAUGAUUCAGUUUCCAUCUUCUUCUACAAUGUUCUACAUCCUCCUCAAGUUUCUUCUGUUUAUCCGAGUAAGCUUGACAAAUAUUAUGAUUUAGGAGACCUGAAGAUUGGUGCUGGUAUGGAUGAGAGAGUGUUAUAUGAGAUAAUUGCCGGUCUUCGCACUGCUGGGACUGAUGCUGCAAGCUCAUCAUCUGCUCCUCCUAGCAUCUCAAGCACAAAAUUCGUAGGAGAAUUUCUUUCUGAAAUUGCACCAGUCACUAGUGUUUCCAUGCUCAAUGAAGAAAUUAGCAUUAAUGGUGAUGAUCCAUUACACUUUCAGGAUAAGCCAAAUGGUCAGAAUGAUGAAUGUUGCUCAUAUACAAGCUCAAAUAGAGAGAGUUGGGGAAGAUGCUCAUCUUUAGGAGGCAGUGAUGAAGAAACUUCUGCUGAUUGUGCUGCUGCUAACAAUAGCCAUCAGAUGACUCUAAAGGCACUUGCAACGCCUCUUAGAAGCACACAACAAAAACCGUCAGAUCCACCAGAGGAAAAGAAGAAGAAGAAGAAGACAAAACCACCAACAGCUCCUAAGAAGCCUAAACGCGAGAAAUUUGAAAAACUGGAGGCCCUUAGCCAACGGCUGCGUCUUUGCAUUCUAAAGCGUGUUAAUCAUAGGAGACAUCAUUCUUCAUGAAUGCUUUCAUACAACAGAAUGGUCUUUGUAACUGUAGUUGUUUCUUUCACUUUUACUACCCUUCCUUGCAUCCUGUAUGUUUUCUUCCCAACAGACAUGGGCUCUGAUCUGAUUAGUGGGUGCCAUUUAGUUUGGAGAUUCUCCUAAUUUGCUUCAUGUAGAUUGAAUGAAUUUAAACCUUCAGUGACACUACACCUAUCUUUGUAUAGCAUGAAAGGUGUUAAUUUGCUUUCUGUAAAUUGUAUGAAUUGUAAGCUUAACUUGCUUGGCAUGAAAAGGCGGUGGUUGAUGAAUGAAUAUGGAUUUUAAGGUUUAA